AUGACUUGUUCUCUUUCGAUUAAUGAUAAUCAGAAGAUUCAAUCAGCAAUCGCCGAUAUGCGUGUUAAACGUUCAUUGGCUAACAAACGUUUUUAUGAUUUCGGUUCUCGUUCAAUUAAUUUCAAUGAUGAUGAUUUAGAAGAUAUCAAUGAUCAAUACAAUCGUUUACGACGUUUCUAUGAUUUCGGUACAAAGAAACGUUUGGUAACACGUUUCUACGAUUUUGGUUCAAAAAAGAAGCGUUCAGAUGAAUAA